CAGGUGCACGUGUGCAUCACACGCACACUGCAAGCCAUUCAAAAAAUUACAUCUAGUUUUCAACGUGACACUGUAUCGCUUCUUUCCCGUUCAGUUUCGGCAGGAGGGAAGGGCGUGGUGAGGAGGCGCCUCAGUGCUGCCUCAUCUGUUCUCACAAGUUGGUAGUGUAGUACAGUCAAGCAGCCUCGGAGGGAACUGAGAGUGUGCUGCUCUUCUGUUAUCUUUUGUAAUUCUUUUUCCAACACACACCCAGUGUGCAGCCCCAGAGGCGAAUGUCACUCAGAGGGAGCCUUCUCUCGCACGGCUCUCCUCACCUUCACCAACCACUGUCUUGCGGGGAGCACGGCAACAGGGCACAUGCCGGUCCCUCACUGUCAUCACUGUUCAUAUUAUCUUGUUUGGUGAUGACGUGUUCUUGUUUUCUUUGAUAUUACAGAUGAGACCCAUCAACGCACUCCUGGCCCUGGCCCUCGUCGUGGCCUGCUUCAGCGCCGGCAGUAUUGGCGACGAUCUCUUCAGCGGUGGAAGAGGAGGCCUCGGCGGGAACUGGUUCCAAGGUGGAAGAGGAGGCUUCAGCGGCCGCCACCGUGGCGGAUUCAGAAGCUUCGGUGGUGGCAGCUACAAUGACGGCAGCUUCGGUGGCGGCAACUUUGGCGGCUUCGGCGGCAGCCACAGACGCGGCUUCGGAGGCGAUGGCUUCAGUAGCGGAUACGGCAAGUAAGACAUCUCUUUCACCUCUUCGCCACAACGCCUGAACGAAAGAGAUCCAGCCCAGACGUGCAUCUGAGAGCGCGUGCGUGCACAUGUGUGCGUGCACGUUUUCCAAAAAGAAGAAACAUUUUCAACCGUCUCAUCUUCACCUUCAUUUUCUCCCCGUCCAUCCUUUUCGAUCCCCGGCGAAGAAAUCAAUAAAUAAUAUACAAACUUA